GGUGCUCGCUCAUUGUCUCAAAUGUUCCUUGCUGUAUUCGAUAUAUACGAAGGUUUAAAAGAGGAGCACUCCUUAAGUUGUUUUCACGAUAACAUUUUGGCUCGUUCUAUGCAACUUCAGUCGAAGAAAAGUGAGCGACCUUCGUAAUUGUCGAAGUGGUGCGGCUUUCAAGAUGGCAAGUCACAUGGUCAUUUUCUUUGUUGUCGUAACCACUUGGAUCGUCGCCGUGCACACUGAGGAAGCGAGUGCACCAACACCUCAAUCUCAACCACUCGUGAAUCUACCUGCGCAAGAGAAGCCCAUCGACCAGGCUGAGGAAAAAGUGCGACAGCUGGAGCAAUUACUACGCUUUAUUAGAGCAAGAAAUCGCCCUCGGCAGUGCAGCGAUCUUUUGCGAGCUGGUCAGCGGAAUAAUGGCGUGUACACAAUAUACCACAGCGCAGCUCAUGAAUCAGGACAGGACGUCUACUGCGACCUCACAUCAGAUGGUGGAGGCUGGACGGUAAUCCAAAGGCGCGGACAAUUCGGAAACAGGGUUUUCCACUUCUACCGAAACUGGAGUGAAUACGCGCUAGGCUUCGGCAGCCCUGAUAAUGAGUACUGGAUUGGAAACUACGCCCUCCACGCCCUGACGUCCGGCGCAGAAAACGUGACUCUUCGCGUAGUGCUGAAGAACUCCACGCAAGACAGCGCUUUUAUCUACUACAACAAUUUUCGUGUGGAGAAUGAAGACAAAUUGUUCCUUCUAAAAAUGGGAGACUUGAUUGGUCCUCAAGGCUGGGACGCUAUGAGGCAUAGUGACGGUCAAAAGUUCUCCACUUUUGACCGCGACAACGAUGCCGGGAAUAACAACUGUGCAGCAGCAUACCGAGGAGGAUGGUGGUACGCCAACUGCCACGCAUGCAAUCCGAAUGGUCUCAACCUUAACGGAUUGCAUGAGAGCUAUGCCGAUGGCAUCGACUGGAGCGUGCGAAACAACGAAGGCCGCUUGUACCACUAUUCAUUCCCCGCUAUGGAGAUGAUGAUCAGGCCAGCUAGUUUGAUGCAAGGCAAGGAGAGUGAGCUGCAUUUUUUCCCGCCGUCGUAGUGUUGGGAAAAAAAGGUUACAUGAAAAUAAAGA